CGCUGGCCAGAGGCCCUGGGGUGACGCAGGAGUGGGGACAGCCCAGCCGCCACCAUGGUUGCCCUCUCGCUGAAGAUCAGCAUUGGGAAUGUGGUGAAGACGAUGCAGUUUGAGCCUUCCACCAUGGUGUACGACGCCUGCCGGAUGAUCCGCGAGCGGGUGCCCGAGGCCCAGACGGGAGCGCCCAAUGAUUUUGGGCUGUUCCUCUCGGAUGAAGACCCAAAGAAAGGGAUCUGGCUGGAGGCUGGGAAGGCUCUGGACUACUACAUGCUUCGCAAUGGGGACACCAUGGAAUACAAGAAGAAGCAGCGACCCCUGAAGAUCCGCAUGCUGGAUGGGACAGUGAAAACUGUGAUGGUGGAUGACUCCAAAACUGUCACAGACAUGCUCAUGACAAUCUGUGCCCGGAUCGGCAUCACCAACUAUGAUGAGUACUCACUUGUUCGAGAGAUUAUGGAAGAGAAGAAGGAGGAGGUUACUGGCACCAUCAAGAAGGACAAGACCUUGCUGCGAGAUGAGAAGAAGAUGGAGAAACUCAAGCAGAAGUUGCACACAGAUGAUGAAUUGAAUUGGCUGGACCAUGGCCGGACCCUGCGUGAGCAAGGCAUCGACGACAACGAAACGCUGCUGCUGCGGCGCAAGUUCUUCUACUCCGACCAGAACGUGGACUCACGAGAUCCUGUGCAGCUCAACCUGCUCUACGUGCAGGCUCGUGAUGACAUCCUUAACGGUUCCCACCCUGUCUCCUUCGACAAAGCCUGCGAGUUUGCCGGCUACCAGUGCCAGAUCCAGUUCGGGCCACACAAUGAACAGAAGCACAAGCCAGGCUUUCUGGAACUCAAAGAUUUCCUGCCCAAGGAGUACAUCAAGCAGAAGGGAGAGCGCAAGAUCUUCAUGGCCCACAAGAACUGUGGGAACAUGACUGAGAUUGAGGCCAAAGUUCGCUAUGUGAAACUUGCACGUUCCCUUAAGACCUAUGGGGUGUCCUUCUUCCUGGUCAAGGAGAAGAUGAAGGGGAAGAACAAGCUGGUGCCACGGCUGCUGGGGAUCACCAAGGAGUGCGUGAUGCGGGUGGAUGAGAAGACCAAGGAAGUGAUUCAGGAGUGGAACCUGACCAACAUCAAGCGUUGGGCGGCCUCACCCAAGAGCUUCACCCUGGAUUUUGGAGAUUACCAGGAUGGUUACUACUCGGUGCAGACGACAGAAGGGGAGCAGAUCGCCCAGCUGAUUGCUGGCUACAUUGACAUCAUCCUCAAAAAGAAAAAGAGCAAAGACCACUUUGGACUGGAAGGGGAUGAGGAGUCCACCAUGCUGGAAGACUCUGUGUCUCCAAAGAAGCCGACUGUCUUGCAGCAGCAGUUUAACCGUGUAGGCAAGGUGGAGCUGGGCUCGGUGGCCCUGCCAGCCAUCAUGCGGACAGGGGCCUCAGGGCCAGAAAACUUCCAGGUGGGCACGAUGCCGCAGCCUCAACUGCAGAUCACCAGUGGCCAGAUGCACCGAGGGCACAUGCCUCCCCUGACUUCAGCCCAGCAGGCCCUGACUGGCACCAUCAACUCCAGCAUGCAGGCUGUGCAAGCAGCCCAAGCCACCCUGGAUGACUUCGAGACAUUGCCACCUCUUGGGCAGGAUGCUGCAUCCAAAGCUUGGCGCAAAAACAAGAUGGAUGAGUCAAAGCAUGAGAUCCACUCCCAAGUGGAUGCCAUCACUGCUGGCACAGCCUCGGUGGUCAACCUCACUGCAGGGGAUCCGGCGGACACGGACUACACUGCCGUGGGCUGCGCCGUCACCACCAUCUCUUCCAACCUGACGGAGAUGUCCAAGGGCGUGAAGCUGCUGGCUGCGCUGAUGGAGGAUGAGGGAGGGAACGGGCGGCAGCUUCUGCAGGCAGCCAAGAACCUGGCAAGCGCCGUCUCGGACCUGCUGAAAACAGCACAGCCUGCCAGCGCUGAGCCUCGCCAGAACCUCCUGCAGGCUGCCGGCCUCGUGGGCCAGACCAGCGGGGAGCUGCUGCAGCAGAUCGGGGAGAGUGACACCGACCCCCGCUUCCAGAUCCCAGAAAGCCGGCGUGCUUGGAUCCUGCCUGUCUCUGACCCAAAGACGGACAUGCUCAUGCAGCUGGCAAAGGCGGUGGCCAGCGCUGCUGCCGCGCUGGUGCUCAAAGCCAAGAACGUGGCUCAGAAAACAGAGGACUCGGCUCUGCAGACGCAGGUGAUCGCUGCAGCCACCCAGUGCGCCCUCUCCACCUCCCAGCUGGUGGCCUGCACCAAGGUUGUGGCUCCCACCAUCAGCUCCCCGGUCUGCCAGGAACAGCUGAUCGAGGCUGGCAAGUUAGUGGCCAAGUCAGCAGAGGGCUGCGUGGAGGCCUCCAAGGCGGCCACCAACGAUGACCAGCUCCUGAAGCAGGUGGGGGUGGCAGCCACGGCUGUCACCCAGGCCCUAAACGACCUGCUGCAGCACAUCAAGCAGCACGCCUUGGGCGGGCAGCCCAUCGGGCGCUACGACCAGGCCACUGACACUAUCCUCAACGUCACCGAGAACAUAUUCAGCUCUAUGGGCGAUGCUGGGGAAAUGGUGCGGCAGGCUCGUAUUCUAGCCCAGGCCACCUCUGACCUUGUCAACGCCAUCAAAGCUGAUGCAGAGGGAGAAACAGACCUGGAGAACUCGCGCAAGCUGCUGAGUGCAGCCAAGAUCCUGGCCGAUGCCACUGCCAAGAUGGUGGAGGCUGCAAAGGGAGCCGCAGCCCACCCGGACAGCGAGGAGCAGCAGCAGCGGCUGCGUGAGGCAGCGGAGGGGCUCCGCAUGGCCACCAACGCCGCAGCCCAGAAUGCCAUCAAGAAGAAGCUGGUGCACAAGCUGGAGCACGCAGCCAAGCAAGCUGCUGCCUCCGCCACCCAGACCAUCGCCGCUGCACAGCACGCUGCGUCCUCCAACAAGAACCCAGCCGCCCAGCAGCAGCUGGUGCAGAGCUGCAAGGUGGUGGCAGAGCAGAUCCCGAUGCUGGUGCAGGGUGUACGAGGAAGCCAGUCCCAGCCGGACAGCCCCAGUGCCCAGCUGGCUCUUAUUGCUGCCAGCCAGAACUUCCUGCAGCCCGGUGGGAAGAUGGUAGCUGCAGCCAAGGCCACUGUCCCCACCAUCACCGACCAAGCCUCCGCGAUGCAGCUCAGCCAGUGUGCCAAGAACUUGGCCGCGGCUCUGGCCGAGCUCCGCACGGCCGCCCAGAAGGCUCAGGAGGCGUGUGGACCCCUGGAGAUCGACUCUGCGCUGGGUCUCGUGCAGAGCCUGGAGAGGGACUUGCAGGAAGCCAAGGCAGCUGCCCGCGAUGGAAAGCUCAAGCCUCUGCCUGGAGAGACGAUGGAGAAGUGUGCCCAGGACCUGGGGAACAGCACAAAAGCUGUCAGCUCUGCCAUCGCUCACCUCCUGGGAGAGGUGGCCCAGGGCAACGAGAACUACACAGGGAUUGCUGCCCGAGAUGUGGCCCAGGCCCUGCGCUCGCUCAGCCAGGCUGCCCGUGGUGUGGCGGCCAGCACUCCCGACCCGCAGGCACAGAGCGCCAUGCUGGACUGCGCCAGCGACGUCAUGGAUAAAGCCAACAACCUCAUCGAGGAGGCGCGGAAAGCGGUGGCCAAGCCUGGUGACCCGGAGAGCCAGCAACGCCUGGCCCAGGUGGCCAAGGCGGUGUCACAGGCCCUGAGCCGCUGCGUCAACUGCCUGCCUGGGCAGCGGGACGUGGAUGCUGCCAUCCGCAUGGUGGGAGAGGCCAGCAAGAAGCUGCUCGCGGAUUCGUUCCCUCCCAGCACCAAGAGCUUCCAGGAGGUGCAGAGCCAGCUGAACCGGGCGGCUGCGGGGCUCAACCAGUCUGCCAACGAACUGGUGCAGGCGUCGCGUGGCACCCCUCAAGACCUGGCCAAGUCCUCCGGCAAAUUUGGGCAGGACUUCAAUGAGUUCCUGCAGGCAGGAGUGGAGAUGGCCAGCCAGUCCCCGAAUAAGGAAGAUCAGGCACAGGUGGUGUCGAACUUGAAGAGCAUCUCCAUGUCCUCCAGCAAGCUGUUGCUGGCGGCAAAGGCGCUCUCCGCCGACCCCACCGCCCCCAACCUGAAGAACCAGCUGGCAGCAGCGGCACGGGCUGUGACUGAUAGCAUUAACCAGCUGAUCACCAUGUGCACCCAGCAGGCCCCAGGCCAGAAGGAGUGCGACAAUGCCCUGCGAGAGCUGGAGACGGUGAAGGAGCUGUUGGAGAACCCCACCCAGACCGUCAAUGACAUGUCCUACUUCAACUGCCUUGACAGUGUCAUGGAAAACUCCAAGGUGCUGGGCGAGUCCAUGGCUGGCAUCUCCCAGAAUGCCAAGAACAGCAAACUGCCCGAGUUCGGCGACUCCAUCAGCGCCGCCUCCAAAGCUCUCUGCGGGCUGACGGAGGCAGCUGCCCAGGCUGCCUACCUCGUGGGGGUAUCGGACCCCAACAGCCAGGCUGGACAGCAGGGCUUGGUAGACCCCACUCAGUUUGCCAGAGCUAACCAAGCUAUCCAGAUGGCCUGCCAGAACCUGGUGGACCCUGCCUGCACCCAGUCCCAGGUGCUGUCAGCAGCCACCAUCGUAGCGAAGCACACCUCGGCCCUGUGCAACACUUGCCGUGUGGCCUCCUCCCGCACCGCCAACCCUGUGGCCAAGCGCCAGUUUGUCCAGUCAGCCAAGGAGGUGGCCAACAGCACGGCCAACCUGGUGAAGACCAUCAAGGCCCUGGAUGGCGAAUUCAACGAGGAGAACAGGGAGCGGUGCCGCGCAGCCACUGCCCCUCUCAUCGAGGCUGUGGAUAACCUGACCGCCUUCGCCUCCAACCCGGAGUUUGCCACCGUUCCUGCCCAGAUCAGCCCAGAGGGACGCAGAGCCAUGGAGCCCAUUGUCUCUUCAGCCAAGACCAUGCUGGAGAGCUCUGCUGGCCUCAUCCAGACUGCCCGCUCUCUGGCCGUCAACCCCAAGGACCCACCACAAUGGUCAGUGCUGGCCGGCCACUCUCGCACUGUCUCCGACUCCAUCAAGAAGCUGAUCACCAACAUGAGGGACAAAGCUCCAGGACAGCGGGAAUGCGAUGAGGCCAUCGAGGUCCUCAACAGAUGCAUGCGGGAGGUGGACCAGGCCUCCCUUGCUGCCAUCAGCCAGCAGCUGGCCCCCCGAGAAGAUAUCUCCCAGGAGGCUUUGCACAACCAGAUGAUCACAGCUGUCCAGGAGAUCAGCAACCUGAUUGAGCCCGUGGCCAGCGCGGCACGGGCUGAGGCCUCGCAGCUGGGGCACAAGGUGUCCCAGAUGGCUCAGUACUUCGAGCCACUCAUUAUGGCGGCUAUCGGUGCUGCCUCCAAAACACCCAACCACCAGCAGCAGAUGAACCUCCUGGACCAGACCAAAACGCUGGCCGAGUCUGCACUGCAGAUGCUCUACACAGCCAAGGAGGCUGGUGGGAACCCCAAGCAAGCUGCCCACACCCAGGAGGCUCUGGAGGAGGCCGUGCAGAUGAUGAAGGAAGCAGUGGAGGACCUGACCACCACCCUGAACGAGGCAGCCAGUGCUGCAGGUGUUGUGGGGGGCAUGGUGGACUCCAUCACCCAGGCCAUCAACCAGCUGGAUGAGGGGCCAAUGGGCGAGCCAGAGGGGACCUUUGUGGAUUACCAGACUACGAUGGUGAAGACAGCCAAGGCCAUUGCAGUGACUGUGCAGGAGAUGGUCACCAAAUCCACCACCAACCCAGACGAGCUGGGUAUACUGGCCAACCAGCUCACCAACGACUACGGGCAGUUGGCACAAGAGGCCAAGCCAGCUGCCCUCACCGCUGAGAACGAGGAGAUCGGCUCCCACAUCAAGCGCCGGGUGCAGGAGCUGGGUCAUGGCUGUGCUGCCCUGGUCACCAAGGCUGGAGCCCUGCAGUGCAGCCCCAGCGAUGCCUACACCAAGAAGGAGCUGAUAGAGAGUGCGCGCAAGGUUUCCGAGAAGGUGUCUCACGUGCUGGCAGCCCUGCAGGCUGGGAACCGUGGGACACAAGCCUGCAUCACGGCAGCCAGCGCUGUCUCUGGCAUCAUUGCUGACCUCGACACCACCAUCAUGUUUGCCACAGCAGGAACCCUCAACCGGGAGAACUCUGAGACCUUCGCUGACCACAGGGAGGGCAUCUUGAAGACGGCUAAGGCGCUGGUGGAGGACACCAAGGUGCUGGUGCAGAACGCCACGGCCAGCCAGGAGAAGCUAGCUCAGGCUGCCCAGUCCUCUGUGUCCACCAUCACCCGCCUGGCAGAGGUGGUGAAGUUGGGUGCCGCCAGCCUGGGAUCUGAAGACCCGGAGACUCAGGUGGUCCUGAUCAACGCUGUGAAGGAUGUGGCCAAGGCACUUGGAGACCUGAUCGGUGCCACCAAGGCAGCUGCUGGCAAAGCUGGGGAUGACCCUGCUGUCUACCAGCUGAAGAACUCUGCCAAGGUGAUGGUGACAAACGUCACUUCCUUGCUGAAGACGGUGAAGGCUGUUGAGGACGAGGCCACAAAAGGGACACGGGCGCUGGAGGCCACGAUAGAGCACAUCCGCCAGGAGCUGGCAGUCUUCUCCUCCCCGGUGCCUCCUGCCAAGGUCUCCACCCCGGAGGACUUCAUCCGUAUGACGAAAGGCAUCACCAUGGCCACAGCCAAAGCGGUGGCCGCUGGCAACUCAUGUCGACAGGAGGACGUCAUCGCCACAGCCAACCUGAGCCGCCGCGCCAUCGCGGACAUGCUGCGUGCCUGCAAGGAAGCCGCCUACCACCCGGAGGUGAGCGGGGACGUGCGGCAGCGGGCGCUGCGCUUUGGCAAGGAGUGCGCCGAUGGCUACCUGGAGCUGCUGGAGCACGUGCUGGUGCCGAUCCUGCAGAAGCCGACUCACGAGCUGAAGCAGCAGCUGGCGGGCUACUCCAAGCGCGUGGCCAGCUCCGUCACCGAGCUCAUCCAGGCAGCCGAGGCCAUGAAAGGGACGGAGUGGGUUGACCCAGAAGACCCCACUGUCAUCGCUGAGAACGAGCUGCUGGGGGCAGCAGCUGCCAUUGAGGCUGCAGCCAAGAAGCUGGAGCAGCUGAAACCGAGAGCCAAGCCCAAGCAAGCAGACGAGAGCCUGAACUUCGAGGAGCAGAUCCUGGAAGCUGCCAAAUCCAUUGCUGCAGCCACGAGCGCCCUGGUGAAGGCAGCCUCAGCGGCCCAGCGAGAAUUAGUGGCCCAAGGAAAGGUGGGCGCCAUCCCCGCCAAUGCAGUGGAUGAUGGACAGUGGUCCCAGGGACUCAUUUCAGCCGCCCGCAUGGUGGCCGCUGCCACCAACAACCUGUGCGAAGCCGCCAAUGCAGCGGUGCAGGGCCAUGCCAGCGAGGAGAAGCUCAUCUCGUCUGCCAAGCAGGUGGCUGCCUCCACGGCACAGCUCCUGGUGGCCUGCAAGGUGAAGGCUGACCACGAUUCGGAGGCCAUGAAGCGACUCCAGGCUGCCGGCAAUGCGGUGAAGAGAGCGUCGGACAAUCUGGUGAAGGCAGCACAGAAGGCAGCUGCCUUCCAGGACCAUGACGAAACAGUGGUGGUGAAGGAGAAGAUGGUCGGGGGAAUUGCACAGAUCAUCGCCGCCCAGGAGGAGAUGCUGCGCAAGGAGCGGGAGCUGGAGGAGGCGCGGAAGAAGCUGGCCAUGAUCCGGCAGCAGCAGUACAAGUUCCUGCCCUCGGAGCUGCGGGACGAGGAGCAGAACUGAGCCCCCGCGCCCUCCCGCCGCUUCACCGCCACAGGCUGCCUGCCUGCUCGCCCGCUCCUAAUUUAAGACGACCCGCCUCAAAGCCAAGGGCUGCCUGGGCUAGGCCAGGGCUCUGCCCGCACCCAGAGCGCCGGGACUAACCCAGCUGCUGCUCCGUGCCGGUGCCGCACCAGCAACUCUCGCUUCGCCGCCCAGACCACCUUCCCGCACGCACCCAGCGCACAGCCAGAGCGUCCGGAGGGACCCGGCUGGGCUGGGAGCCGGGGCCGCACCGGCUGAGAGCUCACCCGCCAGCCCCAGGGUGCGGGGCUGGAGAGCUCUCAACUGUAUUGGGGAUAUUUCUGUGUGCCUUUUUUUUGUCUCCUUUCCGCUCGUGCUCUUUCCUUCUCUCUCUCCUCCGCACGGGCUUUGCCCCUCUUCUGUGCCGUCAGGUGCAGGGAGCGGGACGGCCCCUCGCUGAGCUCUCUUCUGGAGCUGCCUUUCACCUCUGCUGCCUUAUUGCUGGCUGAAUCUUCCUCCCCUUCCUCCACAGCUUCCCUGGGAGGCUCUGAGCUCCUCUCCAUGAGCGUUUUCUUCAACCUGGGCCCCUCUGGGGAGCCAGCAGAGCUGGAAGCCGUAGUGCCUGUGCUCAGCCUGGGGGAAGAUGUGAUGGGUUCACUCCCCGGGCUGCUCUUUGCCUUCCCGCGGGGAUUCCCCCUGCCCGUGGCCCCAGCCAGCUCUGCCCUCCUCCUCCUCCUUCCCAAGUGCCUGCAUCGUUUUCCAAGAUCUGCAGUAUUUUUGUAACUUUUCCAUUUCUCUAGUAUUGAGCCUGCAGCUUUUAAAGUUCAUUUAUUUCCCCCCGCCCCCAGCUCAUGCCCUGCCCACUAACACCCAGCUCUCGCCGGGGUCCCGCAGCCCAGCAUUCCACCCCUCCUCGGCUUCGGGACCCCCAUCCCUCCCUCCCCCUUUGCACUUGCUGAGGCUUCUUUCACUAUUUUGAUACUUUUAAGCAUCCCAUAUCAAACAUUAAAGGAAACCAGCUCCCCCUGAAGCUCCAGGGUGGGGUGGGGGAUGCUGAUGUCUGCUUGGAAAGACGCGUUCAUCAAUAAAAUCUGGUUUUCCUGCUUU